UUAGGGUCAGCCUGGGAUCCACAUUUUUGCAAUAUUUAUGUCAUGUGCCAAAGUGUAAAGUGGCUUUGUGCCAACUGCUACAAUGUUUCCAGAAACACUGAGUGUAGCCUUCUGGGAAAUGUUAAGAUAGCCACGUCCCAAGUCCAUUUUCUUGUUCUUUGGUUCCUGCUAGUGGCAAUACUGUCUCUUUUUAUCCUGAGUGCCGAAAGCCUGUUUCCCUUCAUUUGAGGGUUUGGGACUCGGUUAAUGUUAUAGUGUUUGUUUUUGCCUUAAGUGGACAAUGAAGACGCGCGCAAACAGUUGGCUUAAGCAAACAGAACGGAAGAGACAUCACACGCAGCGAUCCCACAGGACACAGCGCUGCAGAUUCACCCCUACUGCACUCAUCCGAACAUCUGGAUACAGCUUCGGCCGAUGAGGAAGGGGAGCUACACCAAGAGCAGACGGCGAAGACCUUGUCGAUCAUAAGCAGCUUUUUUAAAUGCCUGUUUGCUUCUUUACAUGCAUUUUUUCCCUCUCAAUUCAUCGGCCAGUUUGACUUUUAACCUCAGGGACCCUGCUGCACAUCUGGAAUGUCUGUGCCGAGAGAUUAUCUGAUGGGAAUCGUGCUACUGUAAGGCUACGUGCCGAACAAGGGUCAAAUGUGGAGAAGACACAGCUGCGAGAAAGCUGACACUGAAAGACAAGCAGGAGGGACAAUCCCCGACACGGAUUUCCCUCCCAGGAGCCAAUAUAUACCAGCAUAACCGGGACACUGGUAGAGCACGUCGACACUUUGAGAAAACACCUAUCCUUAAUGUCGUGAUAUCACAAGAUUUUCACUGUGUAUAUCUGCUAAAAUGUGCCCAUAUGCUCACAGCAACAUACUACCUAAUAGCAUGCUGCCUAUUUUAAAAGUAUAUGUGUUUGCUCAGAUCUAAUAAAUGUCUGGUCCUUAGAUUUGCUCUGGCAUUUUCCAACAGUUGCGUGAUGGUGUGAGGACAGAGACGCACUGUGCGAUCGGGAGAUGGUAGAAUAGGGUUCCCCUCGACCCAAGACUUUCUUAGAGGGAACUGCCGAUCUGAAUGGCAGUUUAGCAUGAGACACCCUGUGUAGGACCGCUAGCCCGCUAAACGUCCUGCCAAUGUACACGCCUGGACAUGGAGCUGGAGAUUCUAGGCUGGAUACUGGGCGUGAGCUCUGUGCUGAUCAUCAGCACCAACGUCUUGGUGGCCGCCUCCCUGGUCCUGCUCAUCCGCAAGAAGGGCGGCCAGAGCUGGUGUUUCGUACUUAACUUGGCUCUAGCUGACACCCUCGUGGGCGUCGCCAUCAUCGGCAUCUCCGUCAUCGCCAUCAACUCUGAAACCUCACCCAUCCACCGCACCAAGUGCCUGAUGUUCAUGGCCCUGGUCACCUCGCCGUCAGCGGCCUCCAUCCUCACCAUGUUCCUCGUCUCCUUGGACCGCUACAUCGCCAUAAAGCUUCCCCUGCGCUACUCGCGCAUCUCGAGGACACGGACGACGGCCGUUGCCCUGGUGACGCUCUGGGCGCUCUCCUUCGUGGUGGGCUUCCUGCCGGGGAUGGUGACAGAGAUGCAGGUGGAAGAAUACAACGGCACCUGCACGUUCUUCUCUGUCAUCCAGCCCAAGAGCAUCAUCCUGGUCUUCUGCAUUUGCUUCUUCCCCGUCCUCUUGAUCUUCAUCUACUUCUAUCUGGACAUCCUGAAGAUCGCCUGCGGCCACCAACGGCAGAUCCGUAUCGCCAGGCUAGCCGGGUCCCAAGUACCACUACCGAGCCGGUUCGGCCGUCACGUCAAGGCCCUGAGGACGGUGGCCCUCCUGGUUGGCUGCUUCACCCUCUCCUGGUGCCCGUUUUUCAUCGUCAGUGUGGUGCAGGUGCUAUGCCAAGCCUGUAUGCUGUACUCUGUUAUCGAGACUUACCUUUGGUUGCUUGGGCUGUCAAACUCGCUCAUCAACCCACUGGUUUAUGCCUUCUGGCAGAGGGAGGUGCGACAGGAGCUCAGUGCCAUUUUUACCAGCCUCAAGGGCAGACUUUCACGUGUAGCGCCCCUCACCACCUUUAGGGGUCGCCAUUCUGAGGACACAGUACUUCCUGGAACAACAGUCCUGGGUAAUUGUCACAUACAGACCAUAUCGCGGGGCGUGGGAGUGGCUCACCCCACUACUGCACUGGCUAUAGUCACAACCUCCUUUUGAGCGGAAAAAAUAGAAAUCUCAUGGCAGACAUUUUUUAGAUAUUUGAAUUAUCGCGCAAAGAUGUUUUUAUUUUUUUGGAAUGGCAAACGUUUUUUUUCCCGUUCAAUGGGCCAUAUGGUUCUGUUUGUUCUUUUUUGCUUCAUUUCCCCCCUCUACCUGUGCACUUCUCCGCGCUCCACUCCACACGCCAUAUCUGCGGAAAUAAAAGAACCGAAUCUAAAUAUAGAACGUUAUCCGAACAACAAGCUUCAUGAGUGUUAAUUAAAAAAAAUAUUAUUUAAACGGUUGUUUUAUUUUAAAUGUUAUUCAUUUUGCCGAAAGAUGUAACUGAGAAUCAUGAUGUAUUAACAAAUUACUGUAUUUUCUGCAAUUUUUUUACCCAACAAAUCUUUAUGAAGAAAUGAUUUUUUUAAAUACAAUUUGACGAGCUAAUCGAAAGAAUUGCAUUAGUCUCAUAAUUUGAGCUUUUGUCCACGUGCCUUCACCCAAACAGUUGGUACAAUAUAACGACAUUUCCCUGAUUCUGGUCUUGAUUUCUCCACAUUGUUGGGUCUAUCUCCAUAUAGACAAGCAUUUGAUAUUUCUGCCAUUAUGUACAAGCUAUAUUGUAAAUCAUCGGCAUAUCGACGGAGUUACUGAACACGUUUAAUUGAAUUUUCAGAUUUGUGCAACGAUCGUCAUUUGUCCUGAAAUACUCCACAGGGAAUGAAAUGUGAUAUUUUGUUUUGGCAGCUCUCCAAUACAGUAACAAGUUAGAAAAUUAUUUUAAGAUUAUAAAAACAACAAUGUUGCUAAAGGGCAAAUCUGAAACGAAAUGUUAUAGAUGAUGAAUCAUAUAACUUCUGUGUAUAUAGCCUAUUUAGUUUUUAUGUUUGAAUUAAACAGAAUGAUGUUGGUGGUUGUCCCUAUAGAACAAUAUUGUAUACAGGAUACUUUUGCAGUCAAAGCAUCUAAUUUACAGAUAGCUACUGAAUUUAAUGACGGAUUUAACGUGUACAGGUACUCUAUUUUACAGCAAAUAAUUAAACAGGAGAAUCACAUAAGCAAAGGACCGGAGAUUAUGCUAUAAAACCAGGAGAGUGGAAGAGCAAAGAGAGAUAUCAGAAAUCAACAUCAAAAAAUAAAUAAAAUAAAUAAAUUAAGUGCCUUUUAUCCGGAUUGGGGAAAUGCUGACAAGCUGGUGUCUAUCUUUAAAGUUAACACUGCUUCUCAUUUAUUUACCUUUAAUGCUUUUGUUAUGCUACACCAUAAUCUCCCAUCUAUCCAUUCUAAAUGAUCGUUCAUCAAAUUCACGUUGAUGAAAAAUCUUCUUGAAC